UAGCCUUUGAAGAUUCGACAGUGCGUCAGUCACGAUCGGAGCGUCGCGCGGGCAGCCAGUCGCCAUCGGGACACCGAGUUGUGCACUACAUAUAGUACAAAAUUAACGUACAAAUUUUUUCUUCUACACUAGUGAGGUGAACGUAUAUUUUUACAAAGUGACAGUGAAGUGACCAAACUGGAUUUACAAAAGUGUGUUCCUGAUUUUAAGUAACCGAGGUUAUUUAAAAUCGUUCUGAAAUUGGCAUUUUUCCGUAACUUUAAAGAAUUAAAUCCUUCUUUCCGUUCUGUCUUUCUUUACAGAUCCAGUGUUUAAGGAUAACAUAGUAUACGGGAACAAGUGUGAACAAUAAAAAACAGUGCCUUAUAUGUUUUGAAGGGAAAGUGAUUUUUAAAACAUCACCACGGAGACAAAAUGCCAAAAAACUUGUUGCUAUUCAAGAAGUUGAUACCCGAAAUAAACUUUUCAAAAAGAAACUUUACCGUUUUCAGCCGGAACAUUAUAUAUAUCAGUUAACUGGUGCUUAAUACAACCAAGUUGAACAAUCGUGCCAUAAUCAUAUGGUAUAAAAAAGUUGCCUUAACGACAAAGUCGAAAAAACCAUCAAUAAGAGAAACACCAAACAGUGAUAGUAGAAUAAUGCGAAUGCGAUUCGCACAGUGGUCGAAGAUAACCUGAACCCUAGACAAAAACCUUUUUUUUUUCAAAAAUGAAUAAUAACCAGUUCCACGAGCUUUUUGGAUCGCAAUGGCCGCCUGAUCAGCAUGGAGGUCAUUCGUCAGCAACCACUAUGCUGCACACAUCCCUGCCACAGGGGAUGCAGCUGAAACGAGAACCCCAUACGGAUGUGAUGCAUAACCAGAUGGGGAUGGGGAUGCAGGAUAUCUCAGGCUCUGUGGCUGACAGCACCUCCCCCCCUCCUGGGAGCAGCGACGGGAUGUUCGGAUCCUCUAUGAACACCAUGUUUAUGGAUAAGAAAGCUGCUAAUUCUAUACGAGCCCAAAUCGAGAUCAUACCCUGCAAGGUCUGCGGGGACAAGUCAUCAGGAGUGCACUAUGGGGUCAUCACCUGCGAGGGCUGCAAGGGGUUCUUCAGGCGGUCCCAGAGCACAGUGGUGAACUACCAAUGCCCGCGCAACAAGGCGUGCGUGGUGGACCGCGUCAACCGCAACCGGUGCCAGUACUGCCGGCUGCAGAAGUGCCUCAAACUGGGGAUGAGCCGUGAUGCGGUCAAAUUCGGUCGUAUGUCAAAGAAACAGCGUGAGAAGGUGGAAGACGAGGUCAGAUACCACCGAGCCCAGAUGCGGGCCCAGACAGACGCCGCACCGGACUCGGUGUAUGACGCACAGCAACAGACCCCGAGCUCAAGCGAUCAAUUCCAUGGACACUACAAUGGUUACACCGGCUACCCCUCCCCCAUCUCCUCGUACGGCUACAACAGCACGCCCCAGCUGACAUCCGGCAUGAUCCAGCAACCGGCGCCGGCGCAGACCUACGACGGAGUGCCAGCUGACACGUACGUCGACAGCACGACGUACGAACCCAAACAGGGGGGGUUCUUGGACACGGACUUCAUUGGCCACGACGAAAAAGGAACCACGGUCGUCCGGCCCUCAGGAUCGACAUCCACAUCCACGGCAACCACAUCCACGACAUCCAUGCGACAGACGACCGUGAAUGAGAUCCCGCGGAGACUGCAGGACUUCGACAGAUACGAGCCGGACAGGAUCCAAUCCCCCGCCUCUAUAUCCAGUGGAGUUAUUAAUAUAAAACAGGAGAUAAAACCAGAGACGUCACUAGGAGUUGAUAAUCUGGUUGCCAGCUAUGUUGAUUCAACGACAUUCCUGCACAGUCCUUCGAAUUUACAACACAGUCCAAUGGAUAUACAGAAUUCUGUGCUAGUUAGCGGACAAAGCUCUGUUUCGCUAACUAGUGAGGAGCUAAGCCCGGAUGAUCUGACAUCCAGCAGUGGACAUGGAAGGUUGAUGGAUCCGUUGAACUUGAAUAUGAGUGGGAUGGGAAUGGUGAAUCCGAAUGCAGUGACGAACAGGCGACAUCAGGGCUCAAGCCAUUCGAGCGACGAUCUUCCUUCGGAAGGCGACAUCAGCAAGGUCCUGGUGAAGAGUCUAGCGGAGGCCCACGCCAACACCAACCCCAAGCUGGAGUUCAUUCACGAGAUGUUUCGGAAACCCCUCGAUGUCUCUAAGCAACUGUGCUACAGCUCGAUGACGUACGAGGAGAUGUGGCUAGACUGCGCGGAUAAACUGACAGGGAUGAUUCAGAACAUCAUUGAGUUCGCGAAACUCAUUCCCGGUUUCAUGAAACUAACUCAGGACGAUCAGAUCCUGCUGCUCAAGUCUGGCUCGUUUGAACUAGCGAUCGUCCGUCUCUCUCGACUGAUCGACGUGAACAGAGACAACGUGCUUUACGGGGACGUCGUGUUGCCUAUCAGAGAUUGUGUACACGCGCGCGACCCCCGUGACAUGGCGCUGGUGGUGGGAAUCUUCGACGCCGCCAAGACCAUCGCCCGCCUGAAGCUUACUGAGACUGAACUAGCGCUCUACCAGAGCCUGGUGCUGCUGUGGCCAGAGCGCCACGGUGUACGCGGCAACCCGGAGAUCCAGUGCCUGUUCAACAUGUCCAUGGCGGCCAUGCGGCACGAGAUCGAGACCAAUCACGCGCCUCUGAAGGGCGACGUCACAGUACUCGAUACGCUUCUGGCGAAGAUACCUACUUUCAGAGAACUGUCCCUGAUGCACCUGGAAGCGCUGUGCCGCUUCAAGGCCGCGCACCCCCACCACGUGUUCCCCGCGCUCUACAAGGAGCUCUUCUCUCUAGACAGCGUGCUCGACUACCACGUCUAAACGGGUACACGCCGUAUAACUGUGUACCUCUUCGUGUAAUCGUGUGCACACCGUAGAAAUAGCAACGGGUACACAUUGUAUAAACGGGUACACGAUGUUUAAUCGUGUACAUCUUCGUGUCCUGUACGCGUCGUGUGCAUGCAGUAGAAAUAGCAGCGGGUACACAUUAAAACGGAUAUACGUACAAUCGUGUAUAAGAUUAAAACGUGUAUGCAUUGGUGAAAAUGUCUGCACGUCGGAAGUGUACGCGGUACAAAACGGGUACGUGUCGUAUAAUUGUGUACACAGAUGUGUCGUGUACGUAGAUGUGGAUCUCUGCCCAUUGCCCUGAGACGACGUAUUUUCUGUCAAAAGACUGUCAAAUGACAGCUGUAGGCUCCGCUUGACUAAAGAUACCUAAACGUUAUUUGUUAACCUAUUUAUAAUUGUAUGUAUGUACUUUGAGACUGUUAUAAUGAUAUUUACGUAUAGGUACGUACGUACAAUAUUAAUAUUUAAAUGUUUAUUUAAUUCUCAAAUUUAAUCUAGGGACAUGUAGGUAUCUUUAGUUUCGCGUAAAACCGGAACUUGUAUUUUUUAUUUGUUAUGUUCAUGUUAUAACAUAGCAAAUUAUAAUGUAGAUACGAACACUGGUUUAGUUGCCUGUAUAAAAGUACAUAAUAAUACAUUCCAUUAUAUGUUUUAUUGUGUAUUUUGUAUAAUGGCGUGUCGUAAUAUAAUUAUCAUAAACUGUAUCUAACUUGGAUGAAGAAAUAAUAAUUAUUAUUAUAAAAAUAUAAUAAUAGUAAUAGAGUUUUUAUUAAGAAAUAAAUAAAGAAGUUAUAACGGUGUAGAAAGAUGUAGAUCACACAACAGUUUUUUUUUAAUGAAACCCUUAUGAGUAGGACUUUUAUAUUAAUUUUAACAGUUUUUUUAAAGAGAAUUGUAACUUGUUAUUUAUUUCAAAUGAUUAUGAUUGAUGUUUUGUCUUCGAUGUAGACUGUCGGUUAUUUUGUAAAAUAGGAAUACACGAUACUGCCCCUUUUUAUAAGUUUACGUUCGCUUAAUGACUUUCUUGUACCUAAUG